AUGUUAACGCAAGAACAAAUUCAACACUUUUCAAAGAAUGGUUAUCUUGUUGUCGAGCAGUUAAUAACUCGUGAUGAUUGUGAAAAAUUAAAAGAAUCAGUUAAACAACUUAUUGAUAAAUGGGAUCCUGAAAAUGAUAGUUCAUGUGUAUUUUCUACUACUGGCAAUCGAGAACAAUCAACAAGUCGAUAUUUUCUUGAUAGUGCCGAUAAGAUUUCAUUUUUCAUGGAAGCAGGUGCUAUUGAUCCUAACACAAAAAAAAUGAAUCGAGACAAACAUCAUAGUUUUAAUAAAAUUGGCCACGCACUCCAUACACUUGAACCUCAAUUCAAAAAAGUUUCAUUUUCUGAUAAAGUCAAGUCGAUCGUACGUGAUUUAAAUUAUGUUAACCCAGCUAUAUGUCAAUCAAUGCAUAUUUUUAAGCAAGCUGAAAUAGGAGCAAAAGUCGUUCCACAUCAGGAUGGUUCAUAUCUGUUCAAUGAACCACUUAAAAUUAUGGGUAUUUGGAUUGCACUCGAAGAUGCUACUAUCGAAAAUGGUUGUCUUUGGUUUAUACCUGGUUCACAGACACAACCAAUCAAACGACGUUAUAUUCGGAACCCCAACCAAGAAGAAUUUGAUGCAGGAAAAAUGUUAGUAUACGUCGGCGAAACUGAACAAUAUGAUGAUAAAGAUUUUGUUCCAGUUGAAGUCAAAGCAGGCGAUGCUAUUAUAAUUCAUGGUCAAGCCGUACAUAAAAGUGAACAAAAUACAUCACCACUCUCGAGGCAAAUUUAUACGUUUCAUAUUAUCGAAAUGGAUAAUUCAGUAUACAGUAAAGAAAAUUGGCUUCAAACAAAGGAACCAUUUCCGCUAAUUUAUGACGCGUAG